UCAUGCCAGGCAGGGGGCGUGUCCCUGUUGCCAGCCCUCGCUUGGCCUCUGCCACCGGGAAACCUGCUCAAGCCACCAUUUAACUAGGUCUAGGGGCACAAAGGAGAGAGAGGAGGAAGCCCCCCCCCCCGCAAGGCAGCAGAAACUGACACUGAACCUAAACCCACCUUUCCAGGCAAGAUGGCGGAAGCCCACCAGGCGGUCGCCUUCCAGUUCACCGUCACCCCAGAGGGGGUGGAUUUCCGGCUGAGCCAGGAAGCCCUGAAGCAGAUCUACCUGUCGGGCCUCCAUUCCUGGAAGAAACGCUUCAUCCGUCUCAAGAACAGCUUCCUGACCGGAGUGUAUCCCGGCUCCCCCUCCGGCUGGCUGGCCAUCACCGCCGUCACCAUGGGCAGCACCUGGGUCCAUGUGGACCUCUCCAGGGGGGCGAUCAGCAGAAUCCAGAGGCACCUGCUCACCAGCUGCAGCUGCUACUUCAGCCUCCGCCAGCAGACCCUGCUCAGCGCCCUGCUCUUCUCCACGGGCGUCUGGAUCCUGGGCAUCUGGCUGCGCCGCCAGAUGUUGAAGCUGCUGCUCUCCUACCACGGCUGGAUGUUCGAGCCCCACGGCAAGACCAGCUUCAGCACCAAAGCCUGGGUG